UACACUCGGCUCUCUCAAAUCAAAGCCGUUCGCAAUAGGCCCAUAUAUUGAAACCCUCAAAUUGAACUCGAAAUCACAAAAUCCCUAAUUCUCUAUUUCGUAUCACUCUCAAAUCCAUUAUGGGAAGAAUUUCUUCCGCCGUACAAAUCCCCGAGCGCCACCGCCAUAGCGAUAGAUAUUCCCCGGACUCCCGUAGCUAUUCUCGGCGCAAUCGAAGUUACAGCCGCAGCCGCAGUCCUAGCCCCAUCCGCAGGCAAAGUUUGAGCCGGAGCCGCGGCCGUAGUUUCAGCCGGAGCCGGAGCCGGAGCCCGACCGGAAAUGGUUAUGCCAGGUACCGUCGUUCUUCUCCGGAUUACUCGUACCCUAGUCUAGAAGAAACUCGAAAUUCGGGCGAGAGAAAGAAAUAUAAUUAUGAUAAUAGGAGAACAUCUUAUCUCGAUCGUGAUAAUAGAAACGAACAGCAUGUUGAGUCUGAUUCUGAUGAAGAAUUGAAAGGCCUCCCUUAUGAAGAAUACCGCCGGCUCAAGCGUCAGAAGUUGAGAAAGUCGCUGAAAGAUUGUAUUUGGAAUUGUACUCCUAGCCCCCCCAGGGGACCAAAUGAAAAUUCGGAUGCAGAUCUUGAAGAGGAUUUUGGAGGUGAAGAUGAGAAACAUAUCAAGGGGUUGAAGCCGGAAGGGAAAAAACCGGGAGAGAGUCAAUCUGAGUCGGAGGAUUCUGAAUCUGAAUCUGAUGAUUCUAGGUCGAGGAAGGGUAGGAAAUCUGUUUCUAGGAAGAAAAGCCGGAGAUCGCCAUCCUUAUCUGAGAGUGGAAGUGGGUCUGAGGAAGAAUCAAGUUCAGAUGAUUCUGAGGAGGAUCGGAGAAGGAGAAGAAGAAAGAGUGGAAGAAAGAGCACCAGAAGAAAAAGUAGUAAGAGAAGUAGUAGGAGAAAGAGAAGCAGUAGGAAGAAGGCGAAAACAAGUGAAAGUGAGAGCGGAGAUGAGGAUUCUGAUAUGAGUGAUGGUGGGAAGUCAAAGAAGCGCAGUCGGAGAUCAUCUUCACAGUCCAAAGGAAGCAAGAAGAAGAAAGACACGGACGAUGAGGUUUUACUUUCAAGUGAGAGUGCUCCUGAUUUGGAAGCUGAUGCCAAGGAUGUAACAGAGAAGAUGGCAAAUGAGGCCGUAGUCGAUGAGGAUGUUAAUGAUGAGAUACUUAAGUUUAAGGAAAUGAUCGAAUCACGAAAGAAACAAAAUUUGGAAGAUGAGGAAGUGGUUGGUCCAAUGCCUCUGCCGAGGGCGGAAGGACACAUUAGCUAUGGUGGUGCACUUAGGCCUGGUGAAGGUGAUGCUAUUGCUCAGUAUGUUCAGCAAGGGAAACGUAUCCCUCGUAGAGGUGAAGUGGGGCUUUCUGCUGAAGAGAUUUCGAAGUUUGAGACUCUGGGAUAUGUGAUGAGUGGUAGUAGACAUCAGAGGAUGAAUGCCAUCCGUAUCAGAAAAGAAAACCAGGUUUACAGUGCUGAGGACAAACGAGCCCUGGCAAUGUUUAACUAUGAGGAGAAGGCCAAGCGUGAACAGAAGGUUAUGGCUGAUCUGCAGCGAUUGGUGCAGCGUCAUAUUGGUCAGGACACUGGUCCUUCUCAUGAUCCUUUUGGUGGAAGGGCUGCCGAGGUUGCUGAUGAUUGAUUCUGUCUACUGUUGUUGCAAUGUCAGUACGAGGCUUGUACCUUUUAGAUUGGCUUUUCUAUUUGUUAUUAUGCAUUGUAUUUGCAUACUUUCUUGUGUUUGGGAUUGUUUAAUAACAAAUAUUAUGUAGAAAUCCGGUUGAGCUCUCUUGAUUUGGGUUUUAAAUUUAUGCUCAUAUUAGAAUGACAUUUGGUCUUCAA